UAACAACAACAUGAUUAAGCUACUCCGACCCGUAUUAAAAUGGUAUCCAACAAAUUAAAUUAUGGACUACUAUACAAUUGGCUAUGUUGCUUUGAAUAAUGAAUCAUUAUUUGACCAAUAAACAUUUGGACUGAUCGAGGACGACGGAUGUCAAGACCUUCAGGAAAACGAGGCUCAACAAACCAAGUACUUAUUAACCAGUAGCUUGUCAAAACUCACGAGUUUUUGUCUCAGCUCUAUACAUCGAUCAGAGGAAGGGCCAGCCAAACGAGGUGCAAGGAGCUAUCUAGCUAGUCAGCUAAUAAAACAGAGAGAAAAUUUUAACUACUCAAACAUGUCUUCUGCGUCAAAUUACCAUUCCUACCCUCCUCUGUUUCGUCCAUCCGCAGAAGCAAAAACAGGGGAGGCGUUAAAUCCGGCGGUGAAGUCAACGGCGGUAGGAGACGGCGACUACGACGGCGUUCCGGUCAUAGAUUUCGGGUGCAUGACGGAAAUAAGGGCGGCAUGCAGGGAGUGGGGAUUGUUCAGGCUGGUCAACCACGGAGUCCCGGAAAGGUUAAUGAGUCAAAUGCUGGAACGCACCGAGAAGGUGUUUUCCAUGGCGUUUGAAGCCAAGCGAGAAGCUUUCAGGGACGCUGAGAUGUCGUACUUCUGGGGAACUCCGGCCGUCACGCCGUCCGGGGCGGCGGUAGCCUCCAAGAGCAGCCGCAGCCCUCAUUGGAUGGAAGGACUGAACGUGCCACUCAAACGCGUGUCUCAAUAUCAUUGCAAAGAACCGACAUCGUUUAAGUAUUUCAGAUCCUUGGUGCAAGAAUAUGGGAAGCAUCAGAGCAGAGUGGGUAAAGCAAUAUACGAAGCACUACUUUCAGAGAAGAUAAAUUUUGGAGCAAAAACUACAAGUAAUUGCAGCAAAGAAUUAGGAAGGGGUGUUAUAAGUUAUCUCUCAGAAGACACAGGAAUUCUACGUCUAUACCGAUAUCUUCGUUGUAUAGAUGAGACGGGAAAGGAGGAAGAAGGACGGGCGUGGGGAAUUGACGCCCACACUGAUAGCUCCCUCCUCUCCAUCAUCCAUCAAGACCUUAUCGGCGGCCUUGAAGUUUACAACCACCACCAAUGGAUCCAAGUCAAACCUAUCCCCAACACUCUCAUUGUUAUCAUUGGAGAUAUGAUGCAGGCAAUUAGUGAUAACAAGUAUAUUAGUGCAAAGCACAGGGUGAAGGUGAAUAAAGAAAAGGAGAGAAUAUCCAUAGGAUACUUUGUUUUCCCUGAAGAUGAUGUUGUGAUUGAGAGCUCCCAUUAUAAGCCUUUCACUUAUGCUGAUUUUAGAGCUCAAGUGCACCAUGAUUUAAUCACCGUCGGCUCUAAGAUUGGACUCCAAAACUUCAUCACACAUUGCAAUUCUGUUUGAUUAAUUAAUACUCCAUAUAUAUUUCUAUAAUAUUUUAUUUGCUUUUAAUUGAAUUACUUAUUCCCCUGAGUUGUUUGUCAUGGAAAAAAGUUACGUCAACGAAAUAUGAUAUUUUACAAGUGAGUAUUUGCCGAAUCCUAAUUUUAGGAUUACUGACUCUUUGAAUCUAGUUCAUAUCCACAAGGACAAAUGAUUGGGGACAAAUGAUUGAUGCAUUAAUAAACAUACUUCCAAAUGUUUUUAUUUACG